AUGUCCGCGACCCCGUGGCACCCGCCGGAAACGGCGGAGUCCUCCUCGGGCUUGUCGUCCUCCUCGUCCUAUCCCCCGGCGGCAGCAGCUCAGCAUCCGGCGUGCUCCGCCUGCAAGCACCAGCGCCGAAAGUGCACGCCGGGGUGCCCGCUUGCGCCCUAUUUCCCCGCGGACAAGCCCGGGAGCUUCCGCAACUCCCACCGCCUCUUCGGCAUCAAAAACAUACUCCGGUUCCUGACGAGAGCCGGCCCGGAGAAGCGGGACGAUUGCAUGAAAUCCAUACUGUACGAGGCCGACGCCCGUGCUUCCGAUCCGGUGCUCGGCGCGUACGGCCUCUUACAGAGUCACCAGCGAGAGCUUGCCUUGGCGACGGCCGAACUCGUGGCCUUAAAGGAGCAGCUGGAGUUGCACGGGCACGCCGCGCAGCACCGCUCGGCGCCGGACGCUCUGGGCUUCCUCUCGCCGGUCCAGCAGUGGAUGCCGCAGCCGCCGUCGAUGUAUCCGAUACAGGAGGGGCAGCAGCAGCCGAUCUACGGUAGCUACGUACUAACUGGUGCUGCGAAGAUCGACGAGGACGCGACAAUCGGCGUGAAGCUUGACGAGGACGAUGUGAUGCCAAUGCAACAUGAUGAUCAUGCCGAUGGCUGUACAACACAUUACGGUAGAUUAGAGCCGUCAUCGUCGUCGAGCUACCGGUCUUCGGAUACUUCGCCUCGCGGACUUCUGAACCGUCGCGCUUUAGGUUUAAAGUACAAUCCUGGUUAAUUUUCAUUUUUAUAGACAGAUUGGCUGAGAGUUAGUAAUCGUGUUGGCUUACAUGGAAAAAAAUGGAAAAUGGAAAAAAUGACAGAAAAAAGUUAUUGUUUCCGGAAACAAAAUUUCCCAAAUUUGUCAUUGGAUUCAUUUAGGAUAU